AUGAAAGGUCAAGAGAACUCGCGUUUCGGCAGCUUUUGUCGCAACUUUUCAUUCUACUUCAAAGUUUUCAAAUCUUUUCUUACAAUCCCCUUUCAGCCGAAAGUCCAGCUGCGAGAUCCGCAACAAGUACUUCGCUCAACAUUGGGAGACGAUCUUGAGGUAGUGAGCUUCUCGACUGAUACUCUAGUCAAGUCUGGAGACAAUUAUGGCAGUAGUAUUGUCAAAGCCACUGUCGAUAUCAAAAGAGGAGAUGACAUUGAAAAAUUGAAUUUAGUAGCGAAAAUGUUGCCUCCAUCCGAAUUCCAGAGAAUCGUCUACCAGUGCAACGUCACCGUUGCAAAGGAAAUUUUUUUGUACGAGGAACUUAUUCCCGCUUAUCAAAAGCUGUACCGAGGCGAGUUUGAUAUUGUGCCAAAGUUUUAUGGCGGUCGACUUGCCAUUAAUGCUGACGUUAAUGGUAUAGACGAUAGCGCUGUGAUAUUAUUAGAGAAUAUCAAAGAGGUCGGUUACGUUAUGGUGGAUCGUCACGAAGGCUUAGAUAUGAAUCACAUGAAGAUUGCAAUUCCAGCCAUAGCCAAGUUCCACGCAAUCGGCCUAGCAAUAAAGUACAAAAAUCCGGAAUUUUUCGCAAAAAUUAAAGAUUAUGCAAAACCACUUGACAUGUCGGAAGAGAUGGUAGGUUCUCUGGUAUCAUCAAUGCUAAAAAUGAUAAAGAACCAUUCGCAGUUGAGUGAGUAUUACGAGCGAGCUCGAUCGUUGAACGAGCCUGGAGACAACAAAAAUUGCUUUCUGCAAAUGACUUACGAGCCCGACGAUCCGCGGGCUUGCGUCGUUCAUCGCGACUUGUGGAACAAUAACGUAAUGUUUCACAUUGACAAUGGCAAAAUCGAUGCUUUCAAAUUCUUCGACUUUCAGAAUUACUGUUUCUCUAGUCCAAUGACGGAUCUGUUCUACUUUCUUUUGACGAGCUUGCAACGCGAUUUGAAGGACCUCGAUGAAGCGUUUGAACUUUAUAGAAUAUGUGCUCGCGACGUUUUGAACGAACUCCAGUGUGACGCGAGUUUGUUCGAGAAAACGAAUUUCGAUAAACAGAUGAAGGAAGAUGCAGCAAGCGAGUUGUUUCACUCGAUUAUAAUGGCAAAAACAUCCGAGAUGCGCUCAAUGUGGGAUUUUUUCAGACCAACUAAUAAUCCAAAUUUCAUAAACAGGGUUAGAAGAAUCUUAGAAAUUUAUGAUGCGAAACAAUGGUUUUAAAGUAUAACUGCGGAAACCUUCAUGUAUUUUAAUAAUGUGUGAUAUAACAGAGAUUAUAUGUAUGUGGAUAAUAUUUUGUAAAUUUGUAAAAAAGUAUUACUUUUAUGUAAAAGUUUGGUAAAGCAAAAAAUAAUAAAUAUUUUGUAUUAUUUUAUA